CUUUUAUUUAUUUUUAUUAAAAAAAAAUGAUAAUGUCAUUCCAUUGUCUUUUUGCAUUCCAAACGCAUCAAUGACAAAAUAUGUUUCAUUCCAUUCACAUAAUCAUUUCUUCAAUUCAUCCCAUUCCUACGAAAUUCCAUCGUACCAAUGAUGUCAUAAUUCUUCUAAGGUUUUCGACUUAUCAUCUUCCCCAUAUCUCUCUCAUUUCCAAAUUUUAACGGUUAAUUUUAUAGAUUAAAAUUGGCCGUUCAAUCUUUGUUUUUCAUAUUCACCUUCGAAUUUUAAUUGAAUCUUCUCUUUAUUUUAGGGAAAAUUGUUCAAUUAAAAUCCCUUGAGGCUUGAGCCACAUAGCCAGUCCUUAGCAAUUUAGCAUAGUUCCGGACCCGCUCGCCGCCUACCUCGCCAUCCACCACAACUGGGCCUAACGUCAACACCGUCGGCGUCUUCCGUUUGGGCCGCACGCAACCACUUUCCCUUCUCCUCCACCUUCGCCCAACUGCCCGAGUCCCCGACGGACGGCUACUCUGUGCGAUUAUUUUUUACAACAAAGGAGCGGCUCUGUUUGUGAGUAUAGAAUGAGAUGGGGGAGAUGAAAGGUGGAGAGGACUCGUACGACUUGGAAUUCAAAGCAGCGGAAGACGAUGCCUGGUACAGUGUCUCGGUGGCGUUGAACAUGGUGGCCCAGACCCUUACCGUGAAAUACUCGUGCUCCCCGGAGGUGUAUCAAGUGACCUUCUCUGCGGGGGGUUUCAAGACGGAGCUGGAAGUUGAGGAGCUGGCCAGGCGUUUCCGACCAGUUUCCCGGCAGGUUCAGGAUAAUCAGUGUCGUCAUCUCGAGGUCGGGACCACUGUGUGCGCCUCUCAUGGCACCACCCAACACGAUCUCAGGUUUUACGAUGCAGUUAUUGAAGCAGUGAACCACCGGACGCAUUCUUUUGCUGGCGAAGAAGAGGAGUGUUUGUGCAAGUUUGUGCUUUUCUGGCUACAUGGACGUGGCCGUGGUACUUUAACCUCUAGCAACAUCGCAAACAUAUGCACUUUAGAACCUCUUUCUGAAAUUGAUCCUAGAAUCUCUGCUUUUUUGAUAUUGGCCAAAGAGAAAGUCCAUUCUUCCAAGUCUUUAUCUGGUCUUCGCAGUUUUGGGCCAGGAUCCAAAGGGUCAUCAUCUGAUAAAAGCAAUAGUUCUAUGUCUAUUGAAAAGAAUUUGGAACCGUCUCGGAACAGACUCAUGGGGACGGAGACUAGCAUGACAAGCAAGAGUCUGAUGCGUCAAAGAGUAAUAUUUAUCAAGAAGUUUAUGUUUAUGCAUCACACAUCCUUUGUAUUUUGUUUCUGCUUUGACCUGGCAGAUUCGUGGAAGAUUAACAAUUAUGAACAGUGGACAAGUCAAGAUGAAGAUAUAGGGCCACAAGAUGGUUUGGCUCUGGCGAAACACCGGCAUUUUAUUCUAAUCCAUAAUUUGGAGAAAGAUAUAAUCCCCUCAUCAAUCAAGAAAUUCAUCUACAAGAAAACUAAUAUCCUGCCACAAGCAUUUGUUUUCCCAAGACAGUCGUUAGACCCAUUUGCAAGAGGAGCCAUUGUGGUGGAUUCUGAAAAGAAGGCUCAGAUUAUCUAUGAAUUUUUGGAUAAUCCGAACUACAUAAUUGAAUCUUCAAGGGGAAGGCCAUGGGUUAUAACAGAAAAGGCAUUUACCAGAACAUUGGAAACUGCUUCUUGGAAUUUACUCCCCGUGGACCUGGAUGAAAUUCAAUGUGUGGAAGCCGGUGAAGAGCUAAAGAUAGUCCAUUCAGGAUCGAAGUCUUACGAAAAAGCAAAGGCCUUGAGGGACUUGGUUGUCGAAUAUGUGCUCCAUGAAUCACGAAUGUUCAACAAGUUAGUUAUGGAAGAAAAGAAGAUUUGGAGUUCAUUCGAGCUUGGAAUAGACUUUUGAUGAACACAAUUCAACAACUUGAUGAAGUGUUUCAUGUAUUCAAGAAUGAUAGUUUUGUUUUGUCAGCAUUUUAAAAAUAGUUCAGUAGCUGGGCAAGUACAAAAAUACUCAAAAAAUUGUAGUGUUUCUAUUAUCGCGUUUUUCUUGAAAUACCUAGGGUAAAUACUGUUGUCACACACUAUUUGCACUAUUUCCACGCUACAAUAUUAAAAGAAAAAAAAUUAUUAGCAGA